AAACACACACACACACAAAGAGAGAGAAAUGGAAUCGAGAAAAUCUGAGAUGUUGAGUUUUGGUCUUUUGUUGAGUUGGACAAAGAGCAUUGGAAUAUCUCCUCGCACAAGUUUUCAAAGAUAUAGAAUGAGUACUUUACCACCAACUGUAGACUUUUAUUGUGUACGAUGGUUGGAUAAAGAAAAUGUUGAACAACUUCGUAAUCAUACGCGCAAAGCCCAUUUGGAGUAUAUGGAAAGGAUACAGUGUGUUUCUCUUGGUGGUCCUUUGUUGGAUAAAGAUAAUGUAGAAAAAGGUAGAAUAUUACUAUUACAAGGAGUGAACCAAGCCAAAGUCGAACAAGUGAUACAGCAAGAUCCCUUUCAUUCUAUUUUGUCUUCGGUGAACUUGACAAUAUUCAAAAGAGUGAGAGACUUCCCUAGUGUAUGGCCUCAACCAUUAUAUGUCGUCUACUGUUUGGAUGAUCCCAAUAAGGAACAUAUUCGAUUGGAACAGAGACCUCAACAUAGAUCGUGGUGGCAAAAUGAGACGAGAGUGGUUAGUGUAGGACCUAUGGCUUCCUUAAAUGAUGAUUCUUCUUCAUUGAUUGGCUCGCUGUUCUUUGUAACCGGUGAAAGUGUGGAGCAAGUACAACAUUGGGCAAGUCAAGAUCCUUAUGCUGAAGCUGGAUUAUUUCAACAAGUUUCAGUUUAUCAAUGGAAAAGAGUAGUUGAAAACGGACAAGUAGUUGAAUCUUUUUAAUAUUUCAUAUACACCAUUCCAUAUAAUGUGGAUUGGUCGAUUGUUGAAUGUCUACUCGUUUGGAAAUAGAGGAGGAUGUUGUAGUAAGCCUAAAGAAAGUUUAUCUUUCCAAUAAAAGAGAUACUAAAAGCAAUAAAGGUAUCCGAGUUUCC